AUGGUGUUCGCCUCUCGCACGUCGCAGGGUUUCAUCACCCCACAGCAGGUCGGAGACGUCGAGGCGUGGGCGGGUCGGGCGGUGUUGGAAGCACUAACGGGCUUUGUGAUCGACCAAGAUAGAUUACACGAUGAGGAGGGGAGUGUGUGGGAACUGAAGUAA